ACAGCUGCGUGAUGCGCGGUGUCUUUAAGGCAAUCCGGACAUUUUCUUAUGCUGUGCUGAAUGACAUCAUUGAUAUUGUCAAUGGUGUAAUAACAGGCGAGCGAGAGGGGGAUAGCUGGAUUUCUGAGUUUACACCAAAAUAUCUGUAAUUCGCAGUGCAGCCUAGGCCAGACUAUACUGCGGGACGUUGACAUCUGGGUCAGGACGGCGGUGAGGAAUGGUUUGUAAAGCUCCGCGGUCGUCUUUCUCUGUCCAUGGUGCUGUUUGAAUGAUAACGUCCUGAUCAGCACCUCGGUGGAAGGAAGGCAGCAGUCCCUGAAGAGCUUGAUCAAACGGGUGAGGAGGGGAGGAAUGGCACGGGUCCACUGCUAAAUCGGGUAAUUGUGCUUGGGGUAUGUACAGGGACCUAAACAGGCGAGUCAGAAUCAGAAGUGAAUUGUGAAGACAAGCAGGAACCAUGGAGCUGAGAGUGGGAAACAAGUACCGCCUUGGCAGGAAGAUAGGGAGCGGCUCUUUUGGAGACAUUUACCUGGGCGUUAACAUCGCCACGGGUGAGGAGGUGGCCAUUAAGCUGGAAUGUGUGAAGACCAAACACCCACAACUCCACAUCGAGAGCAAGUUCUACAAAAUGAUGCAGGGAGGAGUGGGCAUCCCGUCCAUAAAGUGGUGUGGAGCAGAGGGAGACUACAACGUGAUGGUGAUGGAGCUGCUAGGCCCCAGUCUGGAGGACCUGUUCAACUUCUGUUCCCGCAAGUUCAGCCUCAAGACUGUCCUGCUGCUGGCUGACCAGAUGAUCAGCCGGAUUGAGUACAUCCACUCUAAGAACUUCAUCCACAGAGAUGUGAAGCCUGACAACUUCCUGAUGGGCCUGGGUAAGAAGGGCAACCUGGUGUACAUUAUCGACUUUGGCCUGGCCAAGAAGUACCGCGACGCCCGCACACACCAGCACAUCCCCUACCGCGAGAACAAAAACCUGACCGGCACCGCGCGCUACGCAUCCAUCAACACACAUCUGGGGAUAGAACAGUCUCGUCGUGAUGAUCUGGAGUCUCUUGGUUAUGUCCUGAUGUACUUCAACCUGGGCUCUCUGCCCUGGCAGGGCCUCAAGGCCGCCACCAAGAGGCAGAAGUACGAACGCAUCAGCGAGAAGAAGAUGUCCACCCCUAUUGAGGUGCUCUGUAAGGGAUACCCCUCUGAGUUCUCCACCUACCUGAACUUCUGUCGCUCUCUGCGGUUCGAUGACAAGCCAGACUACUCAUACUUGAGACAACUGUUCAGAAACUUGUUCCACAGACAGGGCUUCUCCUACGACUACGUCUUUGACUGGAACAUGCUCAAGUUUGGGGCCAGCAGGACAGCCGAGGAUGGGGAGCGGGAGAGGAGAGAGGCGGAUGAGAGGAUCGGAGGGGGACCUAGGGCACCCCGUGCCCUACCCCUGGGCAGUAACCCCCCGGGGGGCGUAGACAGGAUCCGAAAUGGCCCCAAUGCAGCAGCUUCUAACCCUGCCUCCAGAGGAGUCCCACAGUCAGGGAACCGGUCCCCGCAGGCUGUGUCCCGUGCGGAGAGAGAGAGGAAGGUGGCCAUGAGGCUCCACCGCGGUGCCCCCGCCAACAUCUCCUCCUCUGACCUCACUGCACAGAUGGGCCAAUCACGCAUCGCCACAUCACAGGUCAGUGUGCCAUUUGAACACCUGGGGAAGUGAGCUGCUCCUCAGGCCCUCUGGACUGGCAGCCAUGGAAGCAGGGUAUCAAAUACCUACUCAAUUACUUUUGAAAUUGUUGGAUUAAAAAACAUGAGUGGGUCAACGACACUGAAGACGGAUUAAAGAAUGAAGACAGAAGAGAAUAAAAGGAGAGGAAGUUCCAAUGGAUGUGACAAGUGAACGCCUGUCCAAUAUGACUGUAGUUAACUGGGAGAAAAUAUGGAAAGAUGAAGGAUUGACAAGUGAAAGACACUCUCUUGGCCUAGCCUUGCUUCCCAGGCUUGUGAGACCUUUGCCUCGGCUGGUGAAUGAGUCCUGGUUCACUCUCAUUAUGCUGGCUAUGUGAUCCGUGGGACCAUACACGUCUCUCAGAAGCUCAAUGCCCAAAAAAACAUGUCAGUACAAAAUGGACAUAUUCUGAUUAUUCUAGCUGUUUUCAUUGCUGAGGUGGUGUUGUAUGGGCAAAUGUGUUGGUUAAAACACACACACACACACACAGUUGAAACCGUUUGUCUCACGUUGAAUGUCCAAUUUAUGACAGCUACAUUUCAAGCUAAGGUGUGUGUUUAUAAUAAUAAUAUCUGGGAAUAUUACAGAGGGUCAAGUAGUCGGCAAGAAGAUCUGUCAAGAGGAAUUUGGGGGAAAUGGAAGAUAUGCAGAGAGAGAGGUAGGAAGAGAUGUGGAACAACAUUGUUCAGGAAUGGGGGGGAAAGGAUGAAUAGGAAAAAAGUGAAUGAAUGUGAAAGUGUUUGAAUCAGAGUUGCUUAUAGAGGUGGGGUUGCAUAUAGUCUGUAUAUGUCAAUGUCUUAUUGUCUUACUGUUUGUUUUUCGUACUCUUGGUUUCAGCAAGCCAAGGACCGACCGCAAGUCAGGAGGAAGGGGAUGGUAGGAGACUUAGAGAGAUGGACUGUCACCCAUUUUCUCUUAACGUCUUCGCUGUUUAGGAAUAAUUAUGAGUAGAUUUUAACCAAGCGUUAAACAAGGACAUUUUGGUCCUACAACACUUCCUAUUAACAUUAUUGACACAUUUACAUUGAGGUUUCACUCCCCUUUGCUGUCUGUGUGCUCACAGUAUUCUAUUACAUUAGGCAACAGCAGAGAGCUAAUAAUAUCCCUUCAAAUGAUGGUGGACAAUGUAAUAAAGGACCUUCUUAACAUUAAGAGGUGGAGGCUCUGCAAAAGCAGGAAUACUGUUGAGUAUUGAAGUAUUGGUCUUGGUUAUUAUGAUAAUAAGUCAACAAGUCUUAUUACUCUGAAGAUGUGAGAUGGAGCAUGGGAGAAAUGAAGAGGUUGGAUUUCAAAGUUAUAUGCUCAAUUGCUGUUAUUUAUUUAAUUUAUCUCUGUAAAUAUGUUUUUGUGUAAAGCCAGAAUGUGCUAGGUUGUUUUAAGAUGUCAAUGUAGUAAUAGAGAUUUAUUGACCUGCAGGAGGGCUUGGUUGGGUGGAGGGAGAGAUGAACGGUAGACCUACGCCUGCAUGGGCCAGGGCAGAUAAUAAUAAAGAUGGAAUGUGGUUGUGUGGGUUCUUUACCAUGCUUAGUCUUUAUUACAACAAUAUUGUGUAUAAUAAUUAUUUUAUUGUAACCCUUUUCGUAAAGUUGUCUUGUUGCAUCUCAAACUCAACAGCACAGCAUCACCACAUACAGUGCAUAAAUGCAUAGAUAUAACGAUGUAAAUCACGUGCUAUAAUACACGAAUCAACACUUGUGGACACAGUUCAUGGGAUAGGCCUACACUACAGUUCAUACCGUUUAUAUUCAUGGAGGGGGGUGCUAUAUUUUGAGUCAAUAAAGAUAUGCACAACUUA